UAGAGGUCGGAGGUGUGUGGCAGUGAGUCCUGAGAGAGAGCGAGAGACAGAGAGAGAGAGACAGAGACCUCAAACUCGAGCCUAUCUCUCUCACACUCGCACUCACACUUAGAGAGGGACUCAAGUGUAUUUCUCAUAGUGAUUAUUUCUCUAUUGUACAGUGAUGGAUUGUUCAUAUUGUACAAGAUGAACAUGUGAACAAUUUUAGUGAAUUUUUUUUUUCAUACGUAAGUUUAAUCUGAAACAAAAAAUCCCACAAAACUGAACGAAAUUUUUAUUUUAUUUAUUAUUUUUUUUUAGGUUAUAACAUUGAACAAACUUUUGAUAAUUUAAUACUUUUUCCUCUUAAAUUGAAUCAGUAAUGACAAAACUAUCAGAGUACACAGAAUAAUUAGCCAAUCAGGUAUCCUUUAAAAAAAACUAUCGAAAGAAAAAAUUAUACCCAUCAGAACACAGGCAAUCAGAGGAACUUCAUCUAUCAUCCAGCAACCAUGAGUACCUGCUUGGUGGGGACGUAACGCCACCUGUACGAGUCAGUAGCUAUGAACACCAAGACCCACACACGUGCAGGGUCAUCACCACCUCCACGUGCCUUGUCAGUACGUGCACGGAUCCCUACCACCAGUGACCCGAAAGUACGUGAACCACCAGAAAUGAUCGUCAGGUACUGCAGGAGGAAACGCCGUCAGUACUCUAUCUUCGGGAAGGUCCUGGAGAUGGUCUUGAUUGUUACUCUACACGUUAAAGCAGGUGCAGAAGGGGCUGGGAGGUCUACACAAGGGCCCACGUUCUCCCAGGAGCCGCCUCACCAUCUUGACUUCACCAACACCAGCGGGGCGUCUGUUAACUGUGUGGCCGAAGGAGUGCCUGAGCCUACCGUGUCCUGGACCUAUCAGGAUGGUAGGCCUCUUGAUCAG